GCACCGAGCUGCACGAGCUGGCUGCCAGCAGCUGCCAACCAUCCCGGACUUUGGGCGGAGGUCUCGUUCGCGCCUUCGUCCGCUACCACCACGUGCAGUCUCUGAUGAAGCGGAGCUACAUGCGAAUGUGGGCUGAAGACUUGGGUGUGGCAGCCAUUCUUGCAGUGGGUCAGCCUGGCAUGCUCCUGGCGGUGGGGCCCGAGGGUCCGCUCAAGGCUUUCCUGGAUCGGGCUAUGAAGAUGGUUCACUGGGGUCCAACGCCAAGCAGGUUAGUGGCCAGCUCCCCCGUAACUGCGGCCGAUUUUGGCAGCGUCCAAGAAGGUGCUCCACUGACUGUGCCCGGGCUCCGGGAAGUGUCAGAAGCUUUCCCGCAGGCAGUUCGGCGAGGUGGCUCCUACAACGGCCGUGACUGUGUGGAUUUUGUGGCCUUGGCAGAGGCACUGCGCUUCGGAGGUCACGGCUCUGCAGCUGCCGAGCUCCAGAAAUUGACGAAGACAGCCUUCGCGCACCAGGAUGGCCGCGUUGAGGAAGCCUGGGAUGGCAGCGGUUGGGUUGGCUAUGCGGAGGCAGAGGUUUCCCUUGCACUGCCGCGCGCGGAUGCCCCGCGAACUUUGGCUGACGUGGUGCCUGCGCAGUCACCAGCGCCCGCUGUGACUCGAAGAUGGGGCCGAGCCGCGCAAGCGGUAGAAAAAGGGAAAGGUUAA